AUAAUCUAUACUGACCAGCACCUCAGUUUUUGUGCUCAUUCUCUUCUCUCUUUGAGACCUCUCUGCUUCGUUGUUCUUCUUCUUCUUCUUCUUCUUCUUCUUCUUCUGGUGGUUGUAGUUGGGUUGGUCUUUGUCUCAGUGCUUGCCCCUUGUUUGCAAGGGGGCUCAUGAAGAGGCUAGUAAGUAGCAUAGCAGUGUUGUUAGUUCUACUAGUUACCAAUGCUGCCAGAGGCAGUGGAGGGGAUUAUGAACAUUGCACAUCCACGACCAGCUUAAGCCCGAGACCGCAUAGUGUUUCCAUCUUAGAAUUCGGGGCUGUUGGCGAUGGAGUGACGUUGAACACUAUUGCAUUUCAGAAUGCCGUUUUCUAUGCAAGAUCAUUUGCAGACAAAGGUGGCGCUCAAUUGUAUGUUCCCAAAGGACGGUGGCUGACCGGAAGUUUUAGCCUCACCAGCCACCUCACUCUAUUUCUGGACAAGGAUGCUGUCAUUAUUGGAAGCCAGGAUUCAUCUCAAUGGCCUAUAGUUGAUCCUCUGCCAUCUUAUGGUAGAGGUAUAGAACUUCCUGGUGGUAGGCAUCGCAGCUUGAUAAAUGGCAACAACUUAACUGAUGUAGUAAUCACAGGUGAUUAUGGAACUAUAGACGGUCAAGGUUCUGUUUGGUGGGACUGGUUUCACUCCCAUUUCUUGAAUUACAGUCGUCCUAAUCUUGUCGAAUUUGUGAGUUCCACUGAUAUUAUCAUUUCAAAUUUGACAUUCUUGAAUUCCCCGGCCUGGAGCAUUUAUCCAGUCUAUUGUAGGAAUGUACAGAUUCAGAAUGUAACAAUCUACUCAUCACCAGAUUCCCCGUUUACAAAUGGUAUUGUUCCAGAUUCAUGCUCGAACACAUGCAUAGUAUACUGCAGUAUCAGCGUUGGACAUGAUGCUAUUUCUCUCAAGAGUGGUUGGGAUGAAUUCGGUAUUUCUUAUGGAAAACCGGCUUCAGAUAUUCACAUCCAUGAGGUCACUCUCCAAACCGCCCAUGGUUCAGCUAUAGCAUUUGGCAGCGAGAUGUCGGGUGGCAUCUCUGAAAUUCAUGUCGAUCAUCUCCAUAUCCAUGAUUCUGCCACUGCCAUACAAUUCAAGACGGCAGCGGGCCGUGGAGGCUUCAUGGAACACAUACUAAUUUCGGAUGUUGAGAUGGAAAAUGUGGAGACAGCCAUACAUUUCACAGGUCAUUCUGACAACCAUCCUGACGAAGAUUAUGAUCCGAAUGCACUCCCACUGAUCAACGCAAUCACAAUCAGGAACAUCGUCGGCAAAAAUAUUUCCACCGCCGGAAUCCUUACUGGAAUAAAAGGUGACCCUUUUACUGCUCUAUGCUUUUCGAACAUCUCUCUUUCUGUUACUUCAGAUCCAAAAAGCUCAUGGGAUUGUUCCGACGUAUCGGGUUUUUCGCAAUCAGUGGUUCCACAACCUUGCUCAGACCUCAGUCAACUCACAUACCCAAACUCUUCUUUCCAGUGUUUCUCCCUUUUAGACCAAAAUGGGUAUGCUUUAGCCGAAUAAAAUCAUUUUUUCUUCAUGUUCAUCGUCUUCACCGAUUGUUUCAUCCUACAUUUCGGGUCUGGCCAAAUUCUUUUUCCAAUAAAACCAAGAAAACCAUCUCUUGUUCCUAGUAGUAGGAGUGUACUCCAAUAAUAUUUUUAUGCCUAUCGCCUCCAAGACGAAGCGAUGAGUUGUCUUGCCUUCACCAGGACAUCGAAGAUUCGCACCGCACCCUCAAAGACUACAAAUGUGCACUCUUGUACAGCUCAAUUUCUUCAUUCAAUCUGUAAGAAAAGAAAAGAAAAAAAAAAGGAAUUUUUGAUAGUGGUGUUGAGAAUAUGAUUGAUACUUCUGUUGCAUUGGUUGUUACUCUUGUUAGAUUAUGACAUAUAAGUGUUGUGUUUGUAUAUUCUAUAUGAUGGUGAUUUGAAUCAGAAAUGGUGGUGUUCUUAUA